ACUUAUAAACAACUCUAAUUUAAAAAUACCCGGAAGUGAUUUAUGCUGAUAAAUUUUGGUAAUCCAUAAAUUUCCUGGAUUUUAUUAUUUGGACAAAAUUUCUGUCUUCAAAGAAAUUAGAAUGAAGAAACAUUCACACGUAUAUGAUUCACAAAACUCUAAAGAAUUUCAACACAGUGUAUCAGUUAAUUCUUUGAAGUCAGACUCAUCUACACCAACAUUCCACGAAUGUUUUUCUUCAGUUGAACAGCUGUCUAGACCUGUGUCUAAACUGAACGAAAUAAUUCAAGACCUUAUUGACUAUAAAAAUGAUGCUGAAUUUGCGCUUAUGACUGCUUCAGAUUUGGCUAAACGCCUUCAGUCUAACAUUUCUGUCGAUGAAGCAUUACAAGUUGUAUCAUAUAUCCAUAAAUUUGCACGUUAUGAAGCUGCACGUUGUGGAUUGGUGAAUUGUUCUGAGCUUGUUCGAGCUAUUAUUCACAUUCUUCAGACAACUAAAAAUGCUGAUCUACAAUCUGAAGCUGCACUAACUCUUCAAUUGUUAACUAAAGCUUUAACUGGUGCUAAAUUAGCCUAUGAAGAGAUUGGUAUUUCACAAUUAGUUGAAAUGUUAAGGCAUCCAUCAGAAGUGAUGUAUACAACUGCUCUUUAUGUAUUAAAUCAAUUAUUAUGGCAUUUACCAAAUUAUUCACGUCCAAAAUUUCGACAAUGUAAUGGUCAAUUAAAUCUGAUUUAUUUACUUGAAGAAAAUCGUUUGGAUGAUUCAAAUUGGUUAUUAAUUUGUUUGGAUACAUUACGUAUGGCAGUUUAUGAAAGUAAUGAAACAAAGCUUUCCAUUACAACAACUAACAUCUAUCAAAUUAUUGUACAUCUAUUGAGAACAUAUCCAACCAAUAUGAAAAUAGCUUAUAAUAUAGCAAGAUUAAUUAAAGUAUUAAGUGUAUGUAAUGAAAAUAAGGUCAAAUUAGUUGAAGCUGGUACUGUAGAAGCUUUAACUCCAUUGUUGAAUUGUACUAAUGAAGUAUUACAAUUAGAAACACUAUGGGGUUUACGUAAUAUUAGUGAUCAAGCUUAUCAUUUAUUGGCUACAAAAAAUCUUAUCCCUAUAUUAAUUAGUUUAUUGGCUAGUAAAAAUGAACAUAUCUCUAUAUGCUCUGCUGGAUGCUUAUGUAAUUUAACAUGUCAAAAUGUACAAAAUAAAAGUCUGCUGGUUGAAAAAGGUGGUGUAAAAGUUCUUUGUAGACUUUUAUGUUUAAAUUCAGAUCGUCAAGAGAUUGCCGAACCAAUUUGUUCAGCUUUAAGGCAUGUAACUCAUCGAAAUCCUCAUUCUAAUUCAGCAAUUUAUGAAGUACGUACCAGUGACACUUUACCAACUAUUGCUUCCUUAUUCUUGAAAUAUCAAUUUGUAUCCGCUUUACCUUUAUUAAAAUCUGUUGUUGGUCUUGUUCGAAACUUAUCUACUGUGGAAGUGACACGUCAUGAACUUAAAGAUUUAAAUGUACCAGGAAUGGUAGCAAAUAUUUUCUUACAGACGUUUAAUUCAUUGAAUAAACAACAAUAUCAUGGUAUAACUGAACAAGAUUCUAAUCAUUAUCUAGAAGGUGUAAAUCUUGAAGAUAUGCUUGAAUUAACAUUAGCUGCAUUACAAAUUAUGGCUAAAGAUCAAUCUAUUCAAGAAGAAUUCAUUCACACAGCAGCUUUAGUUUCAUCUGUUGUACAAUUAGUAUAUUCUCCAUCUGUAUGUUUACAACGUGCUUCAACUGCAUUCUUAAGUCAAUUGUCAACAUCCCGUUCUGGAUGUCAAGCAAUUGAAAAUGAAGGAGCUUGUCCUCGAUUUACUGAACUAAUUCAGUCGAAUAAUGAAUAUAUUGCCGCAUAUACUGCAGCAAUUUUACAUCGUAUUGCUCAAGAUAAACCUGAAGCUUAUAGACGUCGAUUAUCAUUGGAAUUACGUCAAUCACUUUUUGACGGUGGACUACUUAAUGAUCCAAAUGAAAUAGAUCCAUAUCCUUCAAGUCCAUCAAAGCUAACUGAUGGUAUACUACCAAAUGAUAAUUCACCUCAUAUUACUGAUCGAAGAUCAAGACAUUUAUCCGACUCCAAUUUAAGACAACAUUCAAAAUAGGAUAAUCAAUUAUGUAUCACUUUUAAUUAUAGUGAGUUGAUUUUUAUCAAAACAUUUUCAUCUGAAUACUUUAUAUCGUUUAUUUAAACACAAAUAUUGGUACAAGGAAGCACCAGAUAUAUGUGCGCCACACAAAUUUCAUUUGAUUUGUGUGAGGGCUGUGAUACUGUCCAGGUGCCCAAACUGAAGGCCGUGGUUUUCAUAAGGGGCCACACCCACAGCCUUUGACCUAAAGGUCUGAUUCACAAGGCAAUGGAGCGCUGUGAGGAAAUGCAGUCCCAUGGUAGCCGGUGACCAACAGUUGGUUCAUACGCCAUUUGUUCCCUCAGGAUACUGGAGUCAGCCCAUUGGUGCACCAUUGGUUUGGAAUCAAGGUUUUCCAACUCCCCUAUGUGGACAUGGAGGGUCCACAAACCCGGUCAAAGAUCUGUACAUUCGCUUUUUGUCCUCUCAGUUUCGUAAACAACAGUAAAGCCACGAGACGGCAGUAAGUAGGAUUUUUCUAGUAGAGGCUAUAUACGCGUAGCCGUGUGAGAGAAUUUCGAGAGGGAGAGUGACCCCUUCCCACUCUCUGCCGUACCAGGACAUUUGACGGGCAUAUAUCGUUUAGAAUUAAUUCAUAUUAUUUUCUGUUAGUAGAAAGGGAUGUGAGGAUUGUCGGAUUUCGAGCUCUAUACCAUCUUAUAAUCAUGUUCUUAGUAGUGACUACAAGAGCUAAUUCACAGAGUGAAAUAUGUGGCAGUUAGCUUCCAUCAACAUUUGAAAAUGGUUAUACAACAACAAAGAUUGAUUAAAAUUACAAAUGUCAACUAUGGAUUUCAGUCAAGUGGUACAAAGGUUAACUGCUCACUAUAAAACCUAAAGAUCCUGGAUUCAAUCUUCAGUACAGUAGUAGAUACAUAAUGUUGAGGAUUCAAUUAAUAGGAUGAAACAGUUGUUUAAUACUUCUUGGAUUUCAAUAGUUUCCACUGUCUGAAGUCCAUCUGUAAUGUGAAAUUCCAAAAUUAUGUGAUCUUUUCCAGAAAUGCUUUACAUAAAAAAUCUCGCUGUUCAAAAACAUGUCGUUGUAUGAAUUUCUCUAGUGAGAAACAACAGGCUGCGGAUAAACUCCACUUCGUCAAGUGUAUAUUUUCGUCUAUUUAGUCACUCAAUUGUAGAUAUUUUGGAAUAACUCCUAUCAUAGAAUUAAUUAGGAGUUAUGACUGACAACCCUACACUUGACACAUCCGUAAUAUGAUGAAGUGGUAUUUUCGUCGUAUAUUUUUUCAUGUAAGCCAGCGAAAAUAACCGAGAACAAAACACACACCCUAUCAUGGAUUACGAUAGUGUAGAUAGUAAUUCCCCCCUUUUUAAUGUCCGCACGGAUUCCAAAACCUCGUUUGGAUUUUGCCAACUUACGUCACCUAUGGCGAAAACGAGAUAUCCGUCAAUCAAUUAAGGGACGAGUAUACUGCGCAGCAGUUCGCUCUGUUCUACUUUACAGCUGUGAAACAUGGUCAUUAAGAGAAGAAGAUAUUCGUAAGUUACAAGAAUUUGACCACAGAUGUCUUAGAAAUAUUACUCGCAUCUGCUGGGAUCAUCGGGUAAAUAAUAGUGAGGUUAGACACAGGGUAUUAGGGAAUGAUGGUAAAUCAGUUGAUGAGGUCAUGAGUCUUCUUCGACUGAGAUGGUUAGGCCACGUGUUACGUAUGCCUGAACACCGGUUAUCACGACGCACUAUGCUGACUAGUGUAAGGGAUGGUUGGAAGAGAGUUAGUGGUGGCCAAACCAAAACGUGGCAUCAGAGCAUGAAGUCACUAACUUCUAGUCUGAGCCAUGUUGGCAGAUGCAGACUACUUGGUUGGGGUCUGCGUGACUAUUUUAACCAAUGGUUGGAGAUUCUGGGUAACAUGGCUCAGAAUAGAUCACAAUGAUGUAGAUGUAUACACUCUCUAUUUUCCCUUAAACCUUGAGAUUAAAAUUGCUUCAUAACUUUCUUCCUUCCUAUACUUUAUCCUUAUAUACAACCUUUCCUUUAUAUAUUACCACCACUAAAUUAAUCAAUUCUAUGAAUCCGGUGUUCAUUUUUUUGUGCUAACGAGGUAUGGCAACUUGGACUGAUGCAUAAAUGUGCCUGAUCCUACGUUGUAACUGACUGACCGACUUAUUCCCUUUUUCAUUUCAGCUGGUUAUCAGGUGUAAGGUCAAGUUUGCGAACGAUAGUGGAGUUUUUUCCCCACUCGCUUUACCAAGUUCUCUUUUUUUUCUUUUGUAUAUUUUAAAGAAACACACCAAUACAAUCUCAGGAACUAAUUUCAAUAUGAUUAACUUACUUACAUUUUGUCUUUUGAUUAAUCUAAUAUGUGUACAUCAUUUUAUUGUUUGUAAUAUACCGAUAUAUUUUAUAAUUGUAAUAUCCAAUCAAGACGAUAAUUAUUCUCUCUC